AUGCCACUCAUCCUAAUCUCCGGCUAUCCCUCCAGCGGAAAAACAUUUCGCUCCACCCAACUCGUCGACUUUUUCGCCCGCAAAAUCUCCCAAUCGCCAGAUCCCAAAGUCCAACGGCUCAAGGUGCACCACAUCAACGACCAAACCCUCGGCCUCGCUCGCGAUGUCUACGCCAGCGCGCGCCCCGAAAAGGACGCCCGUGCCGCCUUUACAUCCGCUAUCAAGCGCCAUCUGACCCGUGAUGUCCUGCUCGUUGCCGAUGGCAUGAAUUACAUCAAAGGCUUCCGCUACCAAUUGUACUGCGAGGCCAAAGCCGUCCAAACGCCCAAUUGUGUGGUUCAUGUCGGCACGCCGGUCGAGAAGUGUCGUGAGCUUAACGAUGCUGCGCUAGAAAGCCAAACGGGCGGCUACGAAGUCGACGUUUUUGAGAACCUGGUGUUCAGGUAUGAGGAGCCGAAUGGGAUGAGUCGAUGGGACGCACCGCUCUUCACUGUCCCGUUCGACGAUGCGCAUCCGCCUUACGACGCGAUUUGGGAUGCGCUUGUCGGGUCCGAUGGGAAGGGGAAGGUGGUGAGGGCGAAUGCCGCGACGGUGCUGAAGCCUGCGGCUGAGAAGGACUAUCUUUACGAAUUGGAGAAGACGACGUCCGAGGUCGUGGCUGCCAUCACCACGUGGUUGCAGGAUCAUCCGGGCGAGGCCGGAGGCCAGGUGUUUCCUGCUGAGUCGCGGGAGCUGUGCGUCUAUUUGCCAGCCACUGCACCGUCUCUGCCGCAACUGCAGCGACUACGGAGACAGUUCACUGCUCUGAACCGACAACACGCCCUCAACAAAAGCCGCAUACGAGAGCUGUUUGUCGACUACUUGAAUGACACCUUCCAGAAGUAA